AAACGAAUCAAGUGUAAACGAUAGUAAAUAAACGGGACGCUGUGUUUUUGGUUUACGCUUCUCUGACGUCACUAACGUACUGAUUGAUUACUGAUAUCGUUCACUGAUCAGUUUUUCGUGUAAGGCCCUUUCUGCCUGUAUACACGCAUUGAUCAUCCCCGUGUUUAACGUUUAACGUUCAUUCCCGUGACGCAUCUAUCGCUGCUCAGGUGUACCGUUUUCCUGAUGAGUGCCGCCUGCUGGUUAUAAAUAAAGUUAGAAGCGGUUAAAAAAAAAAAAAAAGCGACAAAAUAAGGAUUUUGUUGUGAAAACCGGAACCGGAAGCAGAGGUUGCCGCCUGGAGCCGCUCUCGGUGAAGUCCACGUCAGUCCUCGGAGCAGCCGUGAAGGAUCCGAUCCCGAGCCGAACCAGGUCGGAACUGAGCUACAGACCCGGUCCUUCCUCUGCACGCAGCAUGGCAGACGAGGCGACACGCAAGGCCGUGUCGCAGAUCCCACUACUAAGAACGCACGCGGGGCCGCGGGACCGCGCGCUGUGGCCGCAGCGGCUGAAGGAGGAGUACCAGGCGCUGAUCCGCUCCGUGGAGCAGAACAAGGCGGCCGACAACGACUGGUUCCGCCUCGAGUCCAACGCGGACGGCACGCGCUGGACCGGCACGUGCUGGUACAUCCACGAGCUGCUGCGCUACGAGUUCCGGCUGGAGUUCGACAUCCCGGUGACGUACCCGGACACCGCGCCCGAGGUAGCGGUCCCGGAGCUGGACGGGAAGACCGCCAAAAUGUAUCGCGGCGGAAAAAUCUGCCUGACGGAACACUUCGCUCCGCUCUGGGCCCGGAACGCGCCGCGGUUCGGGCUAGCGCACCUCAUGGCGCUCGGACUCGGACCGUGGCUUGCCGUGGAGAUCCCCGAUCUCAUCGGCAAGGGGAUCGUGGUCCACAAGGAGCGGCAGCCCGAACCGGCGGCGGAGUGACACGGGACUGAGAACCGAGCGGGCCGGAACCAGGACUGAAAGAUUGGAACUAGGAAAGUAAAAACGGUGUUAAAAUGAAUGGAGCCUGGUUGGGAAAUGACACUGACUCCGUUGUUUAUCACUGAUUUGCAACUGGCGCUGUACAGGUAAAAACGGUGAGAACAGGAUCAGCGGAAGAGGAUGGAUGGAUGGAUGGAUGGAUGGAUGGAGCCUGGUUGGGAAAUCACACUGGCUGUUAUCACUGUUCAGUAAUGAGACUACAGGAGUAAAAAAAAGUGGGAAAAUGAAUGGAAUCUGGUGGAGACGAGACCCACAGAGUAUGUGACAAUGAAACUGUCAAAGCCUAUUAUUGACCUAAUAAACUGAUGAGACUUUGAUAUUUCCAUUGCGCCAUAAAGAGUAAAAACAGAGGGGAAAAUGAAUGGAGUCGGUUCUGUUCCUAAUCAAUAAACAAUAUCUGAUCAGAUUAAA